GGUCCGGGCGCGCUUCCCCGGCUACCUCCAAGUUUCGGGACGCCAUGGCUGCUCCUUCGGCCUCCUCGGACGCCGCCCCCUUGCCCCUGCUGCCCCCCAUGGCCUCGGACCUGCCAGGUCGGCCGGCCGAGCAAAGCGAGACCGCGUGCGAGGACCGCAGCAAUUCAGGGUCCUUGGACAGACUCCUACCACCCGUGGGUACUGGGCGUUCACCCAGGAAGCGCACCACCAGUCAGUGCAAGUCUGAGCCUCCCCUUCUGCGCACAAGCAAGCGUACCAUCUACACAGCUGGGCGGCCACCCUGGUACAAUGAGCAUGGCACACAGUCCAAGGAGGCUUUUGCCAUUGGCCUGGGAGGUGGCAGUGCAUCCGGGAAGACUACUGUGGCCAGAAUGAUCAUUGAGGCACUGGACGUUCCCUGGGUAGUUCUGUUGUCUAUGGACUCCUUCUACAAGGUCCUAACUCAGCAGCAGCAGGAGCAGGCUGCCCACAACAAUUUUAACUUUGACCACCCCGAUGCCUUCGACUUUGAUCUCAUCAUUUCCACCCUCAAGAAGCUGAAGCAGGGCAGGAGUGUCCAAGUGCCCAUUUAUGAUUUCACCACCCACAGCCGGAAAAAGGACUGGAAAACGCUGUAUGGCGCAAAUGUCAUCAUCUUUGAGGGCAUCAUGGCCUUUGCUGACAAGACACUGCUAGAGCUCUUGGACAUGAAGAUCUUUGUGGACACAGACUCUGAUAUUCGACUGGUGCGGAGGCUGCGCCGGGACAUCAGCGAGCGAGGACGGGACAUUGAAGGUGUCAUCAAACAGUACAACAAGUUUGUCAAGCCUGCCUUUGACCAGUAUAUCCAGCCCACCAUGCGCCUGGCAGACAUUGUGGUGCCCAGAGGAAGUGGGAAUACCGUAGCCAUUGAUCUGAUUGUGCAGCACGUUCACAGUCAACUGGAGGAGCGUGAACUCAGCGUCAGGGCUGCACUGGCCUCAGCUCACCAGUGCCACCCCCUUCCCCGGACACUGAGUGUUCUGAAGAGUACGCCGCAGGUACGGGGCAUGCACACCAUCAUCAGGGACAAGGAGACUAGUCGGGAUGAAUUCAUCUUCUAUUCUAAGAGGCUGAUGCGGCUACUUAUUGAACAUGCGUUGUCCUUCCUACCUUUCCAGGACUGUAUUGUGCAGACCCCUCAAGGGCAGGACUACGCAGGCAAGUGCUAUGCUGGGAAGCAGAUCACUGGUGUGUCCAUCCUGCGUGCGGGGGAGACCAUGGAGCCUGCACUUCGAGCUGUGUGCAAAGAUGUGCGCAUUGGCACCAUUCUCAUCCAGACCAACCAGCUCACCGGCGAGCCUGAGCUCCAUUAUCUGAGACUACCCAAGGACAUCAGUGAUGACCAUGUGAUCCUGAUGGACUGCACAGUAUCCACAGGUGCUGCAGCCAUGAUGGCCGUACGUGUGCUGCUGGACCACGAUGUGCCUGAGGAUAAGAUCUUCUUGCUGUCCCUGCUUAUGGCAGAGAUGGGCGUGCAUUCUGUGGCCUAUGCAUUCCCACAUGUGAGAAUCAUCACCACAGCUGUGGACAAGCGUGUCAAUGACCUUUUCCGCAUCAUCCCAGGCAUUGGUAACUUUGGUGAUCGCUACUUUGGGACAGAUGCAGUCCCCGAUGGCAGUGAUGAGGAAGAGAUGGCCUCAAUGGGUUAGCUUUAUACCUGAGUCAUCCCUGUCUGUACCUAGCUUCUUGCCUCCUGGCCUGAGAUUGCAGAGGAGGCACAGUAAUUUGUUUUAAUUUUUUAAGUGUUACCAAUAAAAGUUAACUUACACAUUUUUUUAAA